AUUACAAGACGAAAAGGUUAUGAAGUUCAAGUAAGACGGAAUCUGUCUGUAAUUUCAUUAGAAGGGAAUAUGAUAUCCAAAUUUUGGCAUCAGCAUUCAGCAGCAAUUGGGACGAAUGGCAUAUGCAAUUGAUGCGUUUGUAAGUCAGAAAUAAAUCAUCAGCCAGCUUAGCUUAGAGACGGUUGGAGGCGAGGAGGAAGGGGGUCCACAACAAGUGAACCUUAUCUAGUGCCAGCCAAUAGACUUGUAUACUAAAAGCUUGAAAAUCCAAACAAGUCUACUCGCAACACACGCUCACAAUUGGAUCUCUUCAAAAAUUCGAGUACCCUGACCUGACCUGAGUGAGCACCCAGUGAGAUAGAGAUAGAGAUAGAGAGGCUAUGGCUCAUUCACUAGCCUCACCACCACCACAACCACCGCCCGCUACCGCAACAACAACUAAGAACAACUCCUGUUUCCAAUAUUGUGUGGGUUUCCAAAAAGUCAGGGCUUGCUAUGAUCAAGUAUCAGACGGUGCCAAUGCCAAUGCCCAUGCCCGCAAUAACAGACUUGUUAUCAACAGCCGCAGGAGUUUGGGAUUGGGUUUGGCUGGUGCACUUAUCAGCUUCAAUGUAAGUGACCCAAGUCCGAUUGCAAAUGCGGCAGCCAGACGGCCUCCACCGCCUCCAGCAGAGGAGAAGGAGAAAAAGGACCCCAAUGUGAGUGGAGUUUUAGCCAAAGUACUGGCCAGCAAAAAGAGGAAGGAAGCCUUGAAAGAAUCCGUGGCAAAGCUAAGAGACAAGGGGAAGCUCAUUGAACAACCAUCCCAAUCCCAACCCUAGUUUCUUUCUUUCUCUCUCUUCUUUUUCAAGGACCAAAGGAAUGAAGAAGAGGGUUUUGUCCCUUCAUUGUUGUGUAUGCUCUUCCAGUAUUAUUAUUGGACAGGCUUUCAUUCGCAUUUUUGUCUUGUCUUGUUAGUGCCACUGCCAGCCAAACCAACUUGUUGCUGCUGCUGGUAUAUGACAUAUCAUAUGUAAUCUAAUCAGGGUCUUUUUCAUUCAUCAAAUUGGAUCAUCUUCUUAAAUACC